AUGAACACGAUACUUGAAUAUUCGAUUAAUUCGAAUCUAUUAAUAGCACAACUUGAUGGAACAUUUCUUUUAAAAAAUCGAAUAUCAUUUAUUAUUGAUCAUAUUAAUAUUCAUGUUAUUGCUAGUAGGAGUUCGAAAUUAUUAAAUACAACAAGUGCAACUUUAAUAUCAUUUCCAUCUAUAAAUCUUUUUCCUCAUUCACAAAAUUAUAUUCAUAUUUAUUUUUCAAUAAAUGCUAUAUCAUUUUCUCAAAAAUUAAAACAACAUUAA